UAGCAGAUAAGUGUUGAGCUCGGGCUGGAUAAGGGCUCAGAGUUGCACUGAGUGUAGCUGAAGCGGCAAGGCGGGAGUGGAGGUGCGGACUGAGGGAGACAGACACUCAGCCAGCCAGGAGGACGGCAGUGGAGUCUGAGCUGCAAAUCUGGUUCUUUUCUCACCAACAGCCUAGAGCUAGUGCCUGUGGCGCCCGGGCUGGUGUUUUGGGGAGUGCCUGGAGAUCCCCUUUUCCUGCUGCCCCCGGGAGGAGAGCCCCACUGUCUGGGCACUGCUGACAACCGCCGAGAGCCGCGACUGUCCGCGCGGGGAAGUCAGCGAGCAGCAGCAGCAGCAAGCAACUUUCCCGGCCUCGAGGACCAGGGACUUGUGGCCCCGGGUCCCGGAACGAACUUUUGCAAACCCAUCCUGCGCCGUAGGCUGCCGCGGCGACGGUAAAGAAAAGAAGGCAGCGGCGAGAGGAGAGACCUGCGCUCAGCUUCGCUAGCACCGGUUGCUGAACUUGGGCGAGCGUGAGUCGCGGCUGCCGGGCAUCCCCCUCCCCCUCGCAGCGGAGGAGGGGACAGACAUCGGAGUUCGGGCGGCCACCACCCGCCGUCCGCCGCCACUGUGGGAUCGGUGCUGCCCAGAGCCACCGGAGAGCCGUUGCCCGGGAGGCGAGUUCAUCACCUGGCUCCGAGGUACAGCUGCGCCCAAAGAGCGCUCAGUGAGUGACCGCGACUUUUUAAAGCCGGGCAGCGCGCGCGAUAGGACAAGUAAGAGUGCUGGCGGCGUCUUAACCCUGCGCUCCCUGGAGCGAGCUGGGAAAGAGGGCGCUGGGGGGAGAUCAGCCAGCAGGGGCGCGCGCUCUUAGAGAAACUUUCUUUGCUAAAGGCUCGGGAGGCGCGGGUGUCCCCUGCUUACCAGCGACCCCGCACAGCUCAAACAAACCCCACGUGAAGUGACGGACUGUUCUAUGACUGCAAAGAUGGAAACGACCUUCUACGAUGAUGCCCUCAACGCCUCGUUCCUUCAGUCCGAAAGCGGUGCCUACGGCUACAGUAACCCCAAAAUCCUGAAACAGAGCAUGACCCUGAACCUAGCCGACCCGGUGGGCAGCCUGAAGCCGCACCUCCGCGCCAAGAAUUCGGACCUUCUCACUUCUCCCGACGUAGGGCUGCUCAAGCUGGCGUCACCGGAGCUGGAGCGCCUGAUCAUCCAGUCCAGCAAUGGGCACAUCACUACCACGCCGACCCCCACCCAGUUUCUGUGCCCCAAGAAUGUGACUGACGAGCAGGAGGGCUUCGCCGAGGGCUUCGUGCGCGCCCUGGCCGAGCUGCAUAGCCAGAACACACUGCCCAGCGUCACGUCGGCGGCACAGCCGGUCAGCGGGGCGGGCAUGGUGGCUCCUGCCGUGGCCUCAGUGGCGGGCGGCAGCGGCAACGGUGGCUUCAGCGCCAGCCUGCAUAGCGAGCCGCCGGUCUACGCUAACCUCAGCAACUUCAACCCGGGCGCGCUGAGCAGCGGCGGCGGGGCGCCCUCCUACGGCGCGGCCGGCCUGGGCUUUCCCGCUCAGCCCCAGCAGCAGCAGCCACCGCCACAGCCGCCGCACCACCUGCCCCAGCAGAUCUCAGUGCAGCACCCGCGGCUGCAGGCCCUGAAGGAGGAACCGCAGACCGUGCCCGAGAUGCCCGGCGAGACGCCGCCCCUGUCUCCCAUCGAUAUGGAGUCCCAGGAGCGUAUCAAGGCGGAGAGGAAGCGAAUGAGGAACCGCAUUGCCGCCUCGAAGUGCCGGAAAAGGAAGCUGGAGAGGAUUGCCAGGCUGGAGGAAAAAGUGAAAACCUUGAAAGCCCAGAACUCGGAGCUGGCGUCCACAGCCAACAUGCUCAGGGAACAGGUGGCACAACUAAAACAGAAAGUCAUGAACCACGUUAACAGCGGGUGCCAACUCAUGCUAACGCAGCAGUUGCAAACGUUUUGAGGAGAGAUUGUCGGGGCUGAGGGGCAACGGAGAAAAAAAACAAGAAACAGACUUGAGAACUUGACAGGUUGCGACAGAGAGAAAAAAAGAAGUGUCCGAGGACUAAAGCCAAGGGUAUCCAAGUUGGACUGGGUUGCGUCCUGACGGCGCCCCCAGUGUGCACGAGUGGGAAGGACUUGGCGCGCCUUCCCUUGGCGUGAAGCCAGGGAGCGGGCCCGCCUGCGGGCUGCCCCCGCUUUUCGAACGGGCUGUCCCAGCGAGAACAGAACGAUAGACUUUUCUUUAACAUUGACCAAGAACUGCAUGGACCUAACAUUCGAUCUCAUUCAGUAUUAAAAGGGGGGCGGGGGUUUACAAACUGCAAUAGAGACUGUAGAUUGCUUCUGUAGUACUCCUUAAGAACACAAAGCGGGGAGGGUUGGGCAGGGGAGGCGGGAGGGAGGUUUGAGAGGGCAAGGAAGGCCAAGCCUACAGAUGAACUCUUUGGGGCCUGCCUUCAACUGUGUAUGUACAUAUAUACUUUUUUUUUUUUAAUUUGAUGAAAGCUGAUUACUGUCAAUAAACAGCUUCCUGCCUUUGUAAGUUAUUUCAUGUUUGUUUGUUUGGGUAUCCUGCCCAGUGUUGUUUGUAAAUAAGAGAUUUGGAGCACUCUGAGUUUACCAUUUGUAAUAAAGUAUAUAAUUUUUUUAUGUUUUGUUUCUGAAAAUUCCAGAAAGGAUAUUUAAGAAAAUACAAUAAAAUGUUGAAAAGUA